CGCUGGUGACCCAAAAUGACUCAAUUUCCCGGCGCACACCGGGAUGCAUUUCCGGCCGCUGCCGGGUUUGUUGUGUAGAGUAGUCGGGUACUAGCCAGUGAUUCGGUAAGAUGGCGGCUGCGGAGGUGGUGGAGUUUCAGAGGGCUCAGUCUCUCCUCAGCACGGACCGCAACGCGUCUAUCGAUAUUUUACACUCGAUAGUGAAGCGAGAUAUCCAGGAGAACGAUGAGGAGGCUGUGCGGGUCAAAGAGCAGAGCAUCCUGGAGCUGGGGUCACUCCUGGCCAAGACUGGGCAGGCUGCAGAGCUCGGAGGCCUGUUGAAGUAUGUGCGACCGUUCCUGAACUCGAUCAGCAAGGCCAAGGCAGCCAGGCUGGUUCGCUUGUUACUCGACCUAUUUCUGGACAUGGAGGCAGCCACUGGCCAAGAGGUCCAGCUGUGCCUAGAGUGCAUUGAAUGGGCAAAAGCAGAGAAGAGGACCUUUCUACGUCAAGCCUUAGAGGCUCGCCUGGUUUCACUGUAUUUCGACACUAAGAGGUACCAGGAGGCUCUGAAUCUUGGGUCCCAGUUGCUGCGGGAGCUGAAGAAGAUGGAUGACAAGGCACUGCUGGUGGAGGUGCAGCUUCUGGAGAGUAAGACAUAUCAUGCUCUCAGUAAUUUGCCCAAAGCACGGGCUGCCCUCACUUCAGCCAGGACGACUGCCAAUGCCAUCUACUGCCCACCCAAGCUGCAAGCCGCCCUGGACAUGCAGUCAGGGAUCAUCCAUGCAGCGGAGGAGAAGGACUGGAAAACUGCCUACUCCUAUUUCUACGAGGCGUUUGAGGGGUAUGAUUCUAUUGACAGCCCCCGGGCCAUCACAGCCCUCAAGUACAUGCUUCUCUGCAAGAUCAUGCUUAACUUCCCAGAGGAGGUGCAGGCCUUGAUAAGUGGAAAACUAGCUCUGCGAUAUGCAGGACGACAGACAGACGCACUGAAAUGUGUGGCUCAAGCCAGCAAGAAUCGGUCGCUGGCAGACUUCGAGAAGGCCCUGACAGAGUACCGAGGGGAGCUGCGGGACGACCCCAUCAUCAGCACCCACCUCGCCAAGCUCUACGACAACCUGCUGGAGCAGAACCUCAUCCGGGUCAUCGAGCCCUUCUCCAGAGUGCAGAUCGAACACAUAUCCACUCUUAUUAAACUUCCAAAGGGCGACGUAGAGAGAAAGUUGUCACAGAUGAUUCUGGACAAGAAGUUUCAUGGGAUCCUGGACCAGGGAGAGGGUGUGCUGAUUAUAUUUGACGAGCCACCAGUAGAUAAAACAUACGAAGCAGCUCUUGAAACCAUUCAGAACAUGAGCAAAGUAGUGGAUUCACUCUACAACAAAGCCAAGAAGUUAACAUAGGAGGCAAGGGUGUGUGACCAGAGAGUGGAACAUUUGGGUGGGUGGGUGGCUGGAGGGGACAAACUGCGAAGAGAUUCUUUCGUUUCGUUCUGCUUUCACUGGAAAAGUUUUUAACGUCUCCCUUGUUGGAUGAAAUUCUCUAUUCCUUUCAUCAUGUUUUCUUUCAGGUUUCUUUAUAGCAUCCAGCGGCCUCAGUUGGCUAUCAGGGAAUAUUGUAAAAAAAUAAAAAAUAACAAUAAUUUUUAUAUAUAUAUAUAUAUAUAUAUAUAUAUAUAUAUAUAUAUAUAUAUAAUGACCUUCAAGAGAAUAAAACCAGUAGGCUUACACUGCCUAAAGAAUGUCCUUCCUUUCUCAACGAGAUUGAAUGCCGUCUGUCUAUAACCCCACCCCUGGGCAAAAGCUAAGGGCAUCGUAGAAAGUAUUUAAGCAAAAACUUUCAAUGUAGAGUGGUUUUAAUCCAACUUUUAAAGCUGAUAUUCUUUUUGCUUGUCACACUAACCCCUGUAAAACUGAAAUGAUUGGCUGAUAAAUUUACCCAGUUGUACCUCCUAAGCAGAAACUGAUUUGCCAAGAAUUACAAUUUUCCUUACUAUCCAUUAUGGUGUUAAAAUAAAAUAAAGAAACGUUGGCUGGGUCCUUUUUAAUGAAAGUUGGUUUUGUAAGCUACAGUGAAGAAUCGCAUGUACCAGGAAUUCUUGUAUGGUAAAUCUACAGUGCAGUGCCCCUGUGCCACCAAAAUGUUUUUGUUUUUUUUUGGGGGGGGGGGGUUGUGGUAUUUUAAAGUCCAAGACAGUGUGAAAUCCCAUACUGUCUUGUACUGGCCUCAGAGUUGGCAGGGAUGUAUUUACCAGGCGACCUGUGUGCAGAGCUCUGCUGUAGACUAUCCUAAGUCCUGCUGGGGGUUGUGAGAAACCUGAAAAUGUCGAAAUACCAGCCCACCCUCCAGAGUUGGAUCAGUGCAGCGACAGUUCUUAAGCCGGAAAAACUUUGUUAGCCAAUCUCCUGUAUUUUUGAUGUUUUCUUAUUAAAAAAAAAAAAAAAAAAAAAAUUGUAUUUUUUACGGAUAUCUUUUGCCUCAUACGAGCUGCUGUCGAGCUCUGUGUAUUUUUUUUUCCCAGAUAUAAAACAUAGGUGUGUACUCCGAAUAUAUGGUUCAUUCAGUCAUGUAUAUUACUAGUGUAUAAUUUCUGAUCUUGGGAGAGGUGGUCAGAAGCUUUGUUUUUCUCCUUUCCAGUUGUUCCCUCCAGGCUACACCUCCCGGUAGUGGCUGGUUUAUGAGUAGUUUUUCCAAGGAUCCUUGCUGUGUAAUAUUGGUGUGUAGUACUAACUGGGAGUACAAAGGAGAAGUCUCCAGUUUUGAGACAUUUUCUGCACCUAGAUAUUCCACUUCAUAUCUGCAAGACCAUGACAUCACACAAGGAUUUCCUAGAAAAAAUGGUGACAAAAGGUGUAGCAGGAAGAAACUUGAAGGAUAUAGGUUCAUUCAGCCACUUGAACUAAAGGGAGCUCAACCUGUGUGGAACUGCAAUUUAACCACAGUUUAAUUUUACCAGUAAGAGAGAAAGGGGCCCACUUCAUUGAAACACAGCCUGGUCAUUUUAACACAGCUUCCCGAUUUGUUGAAUUCAGCAGGGUGUACAGAAAGUCCAAAUAGAGUAUUGUGGAUCAAAUUAACUCCCCUCUUUUAAUACAUUUUCCUUGUUUGGAUCAAUGGGUUUUGUUCUUUGCUCAUAGCAUUACCAAAAUAUUGUAAGUUUGUCAUUGGUUCUUUAUGGGAAUAGUCAAACCAGAAUUUUCUGCACAGCUUGAGUGCUGCUGAUUAGAAUAUUUGUGUUUGUGACCUAGUGUUUAGGGAGGGACAGAAGUUUGAGCUUUCUUCCUCAGCUGAACCAUAGGUUUGCUAUAAGGCCUGUGUGCGAGAUGUCUUGCUCAGUCACCAAGACUGUUCCUUCAUUUUGUUGAGAAACUGGCACAGUAUACAACUUUUAAUUCUAUUAAAAUUGGUUAACUUGUAACUUCCUA